AUGACGACUCAGCUGUCUCAUGGAGAAGCCUACACACUCCAGCAUUCCAAGGAGUGGAGAGAAGUUAUAUGGAACCGACUUCCAUUCCACAUCAAUCCUUCGAAACUAUCCACUUACAAGGUAAGGUUGUUCCGAUGGUGCUGUGUUCCCGGGUCCUGGUGGGAUGAUUCAUUGGCUGCCUAUGCAAAACACGUUAAUGGGACGUCUCAGGAAUUUUAA